CGCGUUCUAUGUAGUCCUGCCCCAGUGCUUCCGGUAUGGUUAAACCAUGGCGACGUUCUACACUCGCUGCCUACAAGAGCUCCCAAAAUUGAACAUCACUGAUGUUCAUCGGAUUUGCAGAGUGACGACUACCCCAGCCAGCAAAUUAGAUAAAGGAUUCAGGAGGGUAAGCCUGUAGGGGUCAGUAACCAUAACACUGAACUAUGUUCCUGUUCGGCUCUUCCAUGAAGAUGAUGUUACAUUUUUAAUUUUCGUUCUUUCUUCGUAGAUUAAACUUCUGGAUUCAUCGCCGGUGGUACUGACACAUAGCCAGUGCUCCUGUGUGGCAGGCGCUGUUAUGUGCAAUCACACUGUGGCACUGCUCUUCCAAACAGCACACUACUCACAACUCAGAGUGCCGGUUGUCCCCCCCUGUGCAUAGCUGCACGGAAUCUGAACAGCAAUGGCACAAGCCACGGACAGUGGUAAUUUAAAUGAGGUUAAAGUUUUUGAAUUAGUCCAUGUUUACAUAUGAACAGCAACACCAUCCAUAGUAAAUGUGUCUUCUGUUAGGGUGUGAAGCCAGGACCCAUCAACUCCAUGAUCUUCACUAAGCCGGUACCAAAUAGGAUGGCCCAGACUGGAGUACGGAGUGGCUUCUACAGAGGCAUGGUGGGUCCGUUACCAGAUCCUUGCUUGUUCAGAAUAACGGAGGCAUAUGCAAAAUUUAAUGUUGAGGACAGGCCACUUGUGACCACAAUGAACAUGAGACCUGACAAGCCCCUUGUGGAAAGUGCUUUUGGGCUGGUGCAGGAGGGCAGUGUUCUGUCAUAUCAGCAGCCGGUUUUGACAACCCGGUACAUCACACUACACUGUGAUGCACCACCAACACCGCACUUGCCUCUGGAGGGGUAUGACAUCUUGCCAUCAGAUUGUGUGUUUGCGUGCUCAGAAGAAGAGCUUCUGCAUCUGAAAAGCUUGUCUGUAACUCUGGAAAUGGCUCACAAAAUAGAGGAAGCUACACGUGAGCAAAGCUCUUCAUCUGAGUGGCAUCAGCUGACUGCCUCUAAGUUUCGGGAGGUGUGUCACGUCAGAGGCCAGAGCUCGGCAGAGUCACUAGCAGAGCGUAUAUUGAAGGGAACAAGGCAGACAGCAGACAUGAGGAGAGGAACUGAGAUGGAGCCUGCAAUAGCAGCAGAGUAUAGUAGGCUAAUGAAUGUUAACUACUCACCCUUUUUUACAUAUAUAUGCCAAGAUACCUGUGUUUGGACAAAUGAACAGUGA